AUGAACGUGGCCCUACAGGAGCUUGGACACACCGUGAGUGCCCGGGGCAGCAGCAUGCCCAACUACAAGCGUGCCACGCUGCAGGACGAGGAGGGGCCGGAGCCAGCGGGGGAUGGCAGCGCCUCUCCCGACAGUGUGGAGGUGGGGUUUCGGAAGGGGCCGGGGACACUGCUGAGCCGCCUGGCCUCGCACAGCCAGCUGGAGCUGGUGCUCUGCGCCAUCGCCGUCUCCUUGGCCCUGCUGCUCAGCGUCGCCGUCGUCACUCUGGCCAUUCAGUACCACAGAGAUCCCUCUCACAGCACGUGCCUGACGGAUGCCUGUGUCCGGGUGGCCAGCAAGAUCCUGGAGGCCCUGGAUACAGAGAUGGACCCAUGCCAGGACUUCUACCAGUACUCGUGCGGGGGCUGGAUUAAGAGGAACCCACUGCCCAACGGGCGCUCCAAGUGGAGCACCUUCAACAGCAUCUGGGACCAGAAUCAGGCCAUCAUGAAGCAUCUCCUAGAAAACACCACCUUCAACUCCAGCAGUGAGGCAGAGCGGAAGACACAGCGUUACUACCUGUCUUGCCUCAAGGAGCAGAGGAUAGAGGAGCUGGGCUCCCAGCCCCUUAUGGAGCUCAUCGACAAGAUUGGGGGAUGGAACAUCACUGGCUCCUGGAACCAAACCAGCUUCAUGGAGGUACUCAAGAGUGUGUCAGGCACAUACCGGGCAACCCCUUUCUUCACGGUGUAUGUGGGUGCAGACUCCAAGAGCUCCAACAGCAACAUUAUUCAGGUGGACCAGUCAGGGCUUUUCCUCCCAUCCCGGGAUUACUAUCUGAACAAGACUGCCAACGAGAGGGUUCUGGCAGCGUACCUGGACUACAUGGUGGAGCUGGGCACACUGCUGGGGGGCACCCCAGAGCCCACCCGCCUCCAAAUGCAGCAGGUGCUGGACUUUGAAACCCAGCUGGCAAACAUCACUGUGCCCCAGGCUGAGCGGCGAGAUGAUGAGAAGAUCUAUCACAAGAUGAGCGUCGCUGAACUGCAGCUGCUGGCCCCUGCCAUUGACUGGCUGGAUUACCUGUCCUAUGCCCUGGCCCCACUGGAGCUGGCAGACACGGAGCCUGUGGUGGUGUAUGGGGACACCUACCUCCAGCUGGUCUCUGACCUCAUCAAUGACACUGACAGGAGCAUCCUGAAUAACUACCUGAUUUGGAACCUGGUGCAGAAGACAGCCUCCAGCCUGGACCAGCGCUUUGAGACAGCCCAGGAGAGGCUGCUAGAGACACUCUAUGGCACCAGAAAGUCCUGCACGCCCCGGUGGCAAACCUGCAUCUCCAACACGGAUGACACACUGGGCUUUGCACUGGGCUCCCUCUUCGUCAAAGCCACCUUUGACCGGGACAGCAAGGCCAUCGCUGAGGAGAUGAUCAGCGAGAUCCGUGCAGCCUUUGAGGUGUCCCUGGACCAGCUGGACUGGAUGGACGAGAAGACCAGGCAGGCUGCAAAGGAGAAGGCGGAUGCCAUCUACGACAUGAUUGGCUUCCCUGACUUCAUUCUGGACAACAAGGAGCUGGACGAUGUCUAUGAUGGGUAUGAGGUCUCUGAGGACUCCUUCUUCCAAAACAUGCUCAACUUCUACAACUUCUCUGCCAAAGUGAUGGCGGACCAGCUCCGGAAACCCCCCAACCGUGACCAGUGGAGCAUGACCCCACAGACUGUCAAUGCCUAUUACUUGCCCACAAAGAAUGGGAUCGUCUUUCCUGCUGGCAUCCUCCAGGCUCCUUUCUACGCCCGUAACCACCCCAAAGCCCUUAAUUUUGGUGGCAUUGGCGUGGUGAUGGGGCAUGAGCUGACCCAUGCAUUUGAUGACCAAGGACGGGAGUAUGACAAAGAGGGAAACCUGCGGCCAUGGUGGCAGAACACCUCCCUGGAGGCCUUCAAGAAUAGGACGGCGUGCAUGACGGAGCAGUACGGCCGCUACACCGUCCACAGCGAGAAGGUCAAUGGGCGGCAGACACUGGGCGAGAACAUCGCUGAUAACGGCGGGCUCAAGGCAGCCUACAAUGCUUACAAGUCCUGGCUGCAGAAGAACGGGGAGGAGAAGCGCCUGCCAGCCCUGGGGCUUACCAACCACCAGCUCUUCUUCGUGGGCUUUGCGCAGGUGUGGUGCUCCGUCCGGACGCCCGAGAGCUCCCACGAAGGGCUGGUGACCGACCCCCACAGCCCGGACAAGUACCGUGUCAUCGGCACCCUCAGCAACUCCCGGGACUUUGUCGAACACUUCGGCUGCCCCCUGGGCUCCCCCAUGAACCCCGGCAAGCACUGUGAGGUGUGGUAG